AGAACAGAGAUAAUAUUACUGCUACAGCCCGUCAUAUUGUAGAAUGCACCAAUGCCUCUCAAGAUCAAAGUAUCGGAGACUAAGGUUGUCUUCCAGAAUCUUUUCCUUUGUGUAGCAGUGUUUUACACAGUAUACUAUCUAGUCUACGUGAUAUGCUUCAUAGCUAUACGGUUUGAUAGCUUUGAUGAAUUGGGACCAUUUGACUUCAAAACAAACCCUUCUUGGUUAAACAAAAAGUAUCUAGUUAAUUUGAUUUCUCUGGAGACGACCUUUGUGAUUUGUGGUCCACUGUUUGUUGUGGUUGUAGAAGAAUGGAUAUGGGAUUAUGCUUGUACAAUUACAGUCAUUCAUGUGAUUAUAACGACAAUGAUGAUGAUGGAGUUUCCGUUUACUCUACAUUGGUGGAUAUCCCUAGGUAUUGGUUUGAGCGCAAUGAUCUGUGGAGGACAAAUCCUUGCUUAUCUUCUCUACAGAGACAACUAUAUUUAUCCAGUCCUUGAUGAUUUCUAAGUCCUGAGGUCCUAAAUGAUUUAUUGAAACUACUGAUUCAAUGGAGUUAGAAAGUUUAUUUUUAUUUAAAAUAAUUAUCUAAACUUGUUUAC